GCAGUCGAGUACUUCGACCCUCACGACGUCUACAAGCUCGUUGCCCCCGGUCUGAUCCCCCGCCUGCCCCUGCGCAACCUCCACUGGCAGUCGCACGCCGGUCCUCUCCGCUCCAUCGAGACCCUCCACGUCGAGCUCCUCGACGCCCUCGCGCCCGCCCCGACCCCUAAGAACCGACAGCUUUCCGUGUCGCCGCUUCCGAGCGCAGGUGUCGACGAUGGCUUUACGACGCAGUCCCUUGGCAGCGGAAACCGGCUUGGGGCCGAAGCCGACGAGGCUUUCCCCUCGAAACCAUUCUCCCCUGGCUAUGGCCCCUCCGCCGCCGCGGCGCGACGCCAUCAGAUCCCUGGUCUGCGUCGCACGCCCUACCUCAAGGUCCUUUUUGUGCGGUGCGAUGACAACGACGCCUACAAGUCCAGCGUGCGGGCCGAGAUUCGCGAAUGGGUCAAGGAGCACACGACACCCACCGCAUCAGGCAGCAGCAGCAAGAAGGAGGCGCGCAAGGGGGCUGAGAAUCACGAUGCCUUCGAGUGGCUGAUCGUGCACGUUGUGGUGCCCAACACCGUGGCUGCGACACAGCCGAGGUCCUCGGGGAGUGGCGGCGGCAAAGGUGUCGAUGGUAGCUCUGACUCGCUGCCUACCAAGAGCACGACGUCCAGAUGGGGCAAGGGCUCCAGUACGAUACUCGAGAAGCUGAGGGCCGACUUCAACCCUUCUUCAAAGUCAGGGGUAGAUCGGGUUGCGCAGAUCCGGAUUGGUGUCAAUGAUGUUCCAUAUGAUCUGUUGCCGCGCGUCGUUCCUGCUGUGCCCACCGGAUACAAGGAGACAGAUGAGGAUGCCAAAGCAGCCUGGGCUGACCUGAUCGAUGAGGUCAAGCGCUUGAUCUUGACAAGCUUUGACCUGCGGGUCACCCAGUACGAAGAGGAUAUCAAAGAAAAGGACGCCCAGAGGAGCCUGCCUGGUUGGAACUUUUGCACGUUUUUCAUUCUCAAAGAGGGACUUGCUCGAGGCUUCGAGAGUGUCGGUCUCGUUGAGGACUCUUUGGUCGGCUACGAUGAGUUGAGUGUUGGCCUCGACGCCAUCAUCAAAGAGCAAGCGGUUGCAGACGACUCCGAGGUGCCAGGUGGUUCACUCCUCGCUUAUACCGAGGACCUCAAGCAUAUUGCGCAGAAGGCUAUGGCCGUUGCGAGCAGCGGCACGAUCGAAUUCGAGGAUGAGGAGCAGGUCAACCUUCAAUCAACGGACCAAGCAGCGGCCGACAAAUUCGACGAAAUACCCAUCUCGUUCUUGAAGAAGCCUUACCGGGAAUUGAUCCUGGCCAAUAAUGUGUCAUUGUUCGAUUUCAGGUGCUACAUAUUUGCCAGGCAGAUUGCACUCUUGCUGCGGCUGGGCAAUGCCUGGUCCACACGCGAAGAGCUUGUCGCAAAGCUGAAAGAGCAGCAAGAGGCGGUGCUCCAUGGCGUGGCCCCCAGCGCACCACCUCCCACACAGGCGGAUGAAUCCGAGAAGCUUUCCAUGCUGGCCGAGAUCUGCAAGAGGACACUCGAGUUCAUCCCAGCCGUGUCCCAUGUCAUGCGGCGAGAUGUGAUUUCGGCACUCACAGAGCAGAAGAAACAGCCAGCAGACGGCGAAACAACGAAGUCGACAUCGUCACAUGACAAUCUUGUCGCUGAGGUCGCCGAGAAUAUCGUCACAUCCUUUGCAUUCUCGGUCGCACAGCAGAUCUUAGCCCAGACCUCCACAAAGGCCUUGCCCAUCCCAUCUGGAGCCACGUCUUCAGAAAAUGAAGAAGGUUCCGAGCCGAAAGUUUUAUCGAUGCCAGAGGCCAAGACAGUAAUGCAUCCUGCUAGGACCUCUUCUCUCCGUGUUAGCACCGCCGGUAGUCGACUUGCCUCUAUGCCAAGCCCGAACUUCUUUCCCGGCCCAGGGACCUCCCGCAGCGCCAGUGUUCCUGAUGUUCAGGAAGUGGUAGACCAGCAUCAGAGGAAGGCAGGCAUGGAGGAUCUGGCUGCUAGGAGAGCCGAGCUUUAUACCUUGUCGCGAAACAUCCUUGAAGAGGCUGGCAAAAAGCGCGGCUGGAGUGACGGGUGGUCAUCUGCGCCGGUGAUAGGAGAGACCGGCGUGCUUGAGAUGGAGGAGGUGAGCCUCGAUGACGACAACCACAAACCAGCUACUGCCUCGGCCGCUGCCGAGACCACCGGAGGAUCGCAAUCUCUGUACACCUUAGCAGGCCUGGACAGCAAGCUGCUUCGAACGGCUCUCGAUAAUAGGGACGAUUUUUAUAGGCUAUAUGAGAUGCUGACAGACAAAGCCUUGCGGCAUUAUACGGUCGCCAAUCAUACACACUCUGUCCUAGCCAACAUGUCGGAUCUUGCUGUCGUCAAAUACUACUUGGAGGACUACGCGGCCGCCGCCUCGUAUUUUCUGCGAACGACCCCGUUCUAUGGCGAGAGCGGCUGGAGCUUGCUGGAGCUGUCCAUGCUCGUCAUGUACUCCAAGUGCCUGCGUGAGCUGAAGCGGAACGAGGACUACGUGCGCGUGGUGCUCAAGCUCCUGUCCAAGGCGGCCAGCUCAGAGAAGGAUCGGAUACAGGCGAAAGGCUCGUUCAGAAUAGGGGACACGGACGCUGCAACAAAGUAUGCAGAGAGUGACGCAUUCAAAGGGUUUCUUCCGGACUUCCUGGCAGCUGCCAAUUCUUUCAACAAGGAGGUGAAACAUUCUCUGCAGAAUUUCUUCACGAACAUCGAGCUCGAGGGCACACCGACAUAUGACGAUGAUCAAGAUAGCUUUAGCCUCGUCGUGAAGCUGCACAGCGUGCUAGUUGAUCCUAUGCCUGUGGAAAAGGCUAUGCUGCGCCUGGUUACGGCCGGUGGUGCCCGGGAGCUGUGGCUGGAAACCAAGCAAGCUCUGGAGCUCAAACCGGGGCGGAACAAGAUCCAGCUGCACGGCACAUCGAUGAGUCCGGGCACGUACGAAGUGGAUCGCGUUCAACUGUCGAGUGGUUCGUUGCGGCUUAACUUUGAGCGACAAGCGUUUCAGCCCAUCGACCGCAAUGCUGUGAACUUGAGGAACCCAUAUGUGGUGCUGUUCCAGCGUGCAGACACCUUGGACGUAGAGGUUAGGCCCUCGUCAAUUGUGCAGCUCGACCAGAACACUGCAAUGGAUCUUGACCUGCAAACAGGGUGGAAUGAAGUCCAGACGUGCAGCAUUCGCAUCCGUGCCGCAACAGGCGGGUUACGGCUUCUUACCAGUGAGGCUCAGAUCACCGGUGAUGGGGACCAGCCCCAGCCGAAGACGCCAGAAGCCGGUCUAUUUUCGUUCGACAGCCUGGCACCCAGGUCCUCCAUCAGCUUACGAAUCCCGUUUACCACGGAGCAGGAGAUCACCAACGUUUCGGUCAAGGUUGAGGUAAAGUACAUGACAGACAAGGGCGAUUUCACGCUUCUGAAAACACCAACGAUCUCCCUGGCGUUGAAGCUGGGGGUGAACGUACAGGAUGUCUUCAAACAUUCCGCCCUGUAUUCACGCUUCACCAUCUCAACCUCGACGAACAGCCCUCUCCGCCUCUUCAGAUCCCAGCUCGACGAGUCCGAUAUCUUCGAGUCAAGGCAUGGCGUGGCGCCAGCGAAUCCGGUCAUCAUCUUCCCCAAGCAACCCGCCAGUCUCCUGUACCAGAUCAAGCGCAAGGCUGGAUCCAAAACGGGCCCCAAGGCCAACAAGACCAUGCACCUCCGACUUUUCUAUAGUGUUCUGCAGGACGAGAUUGCAGAUAACAUCCGCGACUCGCUCGUGGCUUCACUCAAGGAUACGCCUCUCUGGCGGUACAGCCGGCUCCUGGUAGCCACGGUGCUGGAACGAGUGCGGCACGAUCUUACAAAUUAUGACCUUGAACGUGCAGCAGUGUUGGGCGAGCUGCCCACCGGCUUUCUUGCAGAGACGAAAUGGCAGAAGCACUUUUAUGGUCUGGGCGCAGCACUCAACGGGCAAGAUGUGGCCUCACUCCUCUCCGAAUUCAUUGUCACUUGGGCGAAAGAACGCCGGAAGGUGUCCGCCAUGCGGCCAGUUGUUGACCACGCGCAGCAGCAGAUUGUCAUCCCCGUCGACAUACCUUCCAUUGCGGUGGUGCACACAGCCGACAUCAGGCUCCAGCGACCUAUCCCCUCCCUGCUGCAGCCUCUUGACGACAGCGAGACACCAGCCGCGUGCGUCAACCAGCUGCUCCCUGCGACGUUGCACCUCAAGUGGACAAGGAUAUGGGACACGGAACGCAACAGUGGCGCUCAGGACGAGCCGGACGCGGGCGAUGAGUUCAGCUACGAGGUCAGCGCCCCCAGUGACACGUGGCUCGUGGGCGGGCGCAAAAAGGGGCACUUUGUGAUC